UCGAGUUCCGGAGUCCGGGUCGCUGCCCCGGCUGGAGCGGAGAUGCAGCCGCCGCCCCGAAAAGUGAAGCCAGUUCAGGAGGUGAAGCUUCGCUUCUUAGAGCAGCUGAGCAUCCUUCAGACGCGGCAGCAGAGGGAGGCGGAUCUGCUGGAGGACAUCAGAUCCUACAGCAAGCAGAGGGCAGCCAUUGAACGGGAGUAUGGGCAGGCACUCCAGAAACUGGCUGGGCCAUUCCUGAAGAGGGAAGGGCAUCGGAGCGGGGAGAUGGAUAGCAGACCUUCUCUGGGGAGAGGCAGGAUGGUGUUUGGUGCCUGGCGCUGCCUGCUGGAUGCCACCGUGGCCGGGGGCCAAGCCCGGCUCCAGGCGUCUGACCGAUACCGUGACCUGGCAGGGGGCACAGGGCGAAGUGCCAAGGAGCAGGUGAUUAGGAAGGGAGCAGAAAACCUCCAGAGGGCACAGGCUGAAGUGCUGCAGUCUGUUCGGGAACUGAGCCGAAGUCGGAAGUUGUAUGGGCAAAGGGAACGAGUGUGGGCCUUGGCACAGGAGAAGGCAGCUGAUGUCCAGGCCAGGCUAAACCGAAGUGACCACGGGCUCUUCCACACUCGAACCAGCCUCCAGAAGCUCAGCACCAAGCUAUCUACCCAGUCGGCUCAGUACUCCCAGCAGCUGAGAGCGGCCCGCAAUGAGUACCUGCUCAACCUGGUGGCCACCAAUGCCCACCUUGACCACUACUACCAGGAGGAACUGCCAGCCUUGCUCAAGGCCCUGGUCAGUGAGCUGUUGGAACACUUGCGGGACCCCCUGACCUUACUGAGCCGCACUGAGCUGGAAGCUGCAGAGAUGGCCCUGGAGCACGCCCGCCGUGGCGGGCAGGCAACCUCCCAGGUAAGCUGGGAACAGGAUCUGAAGCUCUUUCUUCAGGAGCCUGGAGUAUUUUCCCCCACACCACCUCAGCAGUUCCAGCCAGCAGGGACUGAUCAGGUGUAUGCCCUCGAGCUGGAGGGAGGCGCAGGAGGUGUGGCUGGGGAGAGCGGCCUUGAGAAAGAGAUUCAGCGCUGGGCCAGCCGGGCUGCCCGAGACUACAAGAUCCAGAACCAUGGGCGUCGGGUACUACAACGGCUGGAGCAAAGGAGGCUGCAGGCUCCAGGGCGGGAGGCUCCAGGCAUCGAACAGCGGCUACAGGAAGUGAGGGAGAGCAUCCAGCGGGCACAGGUGAGCCAGGUGAAGGGUGCUGCCCGGUUGGCCCUGCUGCAAGGGGCUGGCUUGGAUGUGCAACACUGGCUGAAUCCAGCCAUGACCCAGGCCCAGGAAGAGAUGGAGCAGGAGCGACGGCUUAGUGAGGCCCGGCUGUCCCAGAGGGACCUCUCUCCCACGGCUGAGGAUGCUGAGCUCUCUGACUUUGAAGAAUGUGAGGAGACCGGGGAGCUCUUUGAGGAACCCACCCCUGCAACGCUGGCCACCAGGCCCCUCCCAUGCCCUGCACAUGUGGUGUUUGGCUAUCAGGCAGGGCACGAGGACGAGCUGACCAUCACAGAGGGCGAGUGGCUGGAAGUCAUAGAGGAGGGAGAUGCUGAUGAAUGGGUCAAGGCUCGGAACCAGCAUGGCGAGGUAGGCUUUGUCCCUGAGCGAUACCUCAAUUUCCCGGACCUCUCCUUCCCUGAGAGCAGCCAUGACAGCGACAAUCCCUCAGGUGCAGAGCCUACAGCUUUCCUGGCCCGCGCCCUGUAUAGCUACACAGGGCAGAGCGCAGAGGAGCUGAGCUUCCCUGAGGGGGCGCUCAUCCGCCUGCUGCCUCGUGUCCAGGAUGGAGUGGAUGAUGGCUUCUGGAGGGGAGAAUUUGGGGGCCGUGUUGGAGUCUUCCCUUCCCUGCUGGUGGAGGAGUUGCUCGGUCCCCCAGGGCCAUCUGAACUCUCAGACCCUGAACAGGUGCUGCCAUCCCCCUCUCCUCCCAGCUUCUCCCCUCCUGCACCCACUUCUGCUUUGGAUGGGCCUCCUGCACCUGUGCUUCCUGGGGACCAAGACCUAGACUGUCCUGGAUCCCUGAGCAUGAUGGUACCUCGACUCAGGCCGAUGCGUCCACCACCUCCCCCACCAGCUAAAGCCCCGGAUCCUGGCCACCCAGAUCCCCUCACCUGAAGUCAAGGGGAUCACUACUCCCCAGUGCUGCUGCUGUCCCUGUCUUCACGCUGUCAAGGACCACCCCCUCAAUGAUCUGGAGCAACAGCCAAAAGCUGGAAUCCCCCAUUUCUACUCUCACCUUCAGGGAGAGAAACUUCCCCUUUCCCCAUUUUGGGGGCCAGAACCCACUUCUUUUUCCCCAUCAUCUUUCUAUCUCUAGGGCUGGAACUACUCUCUUUUGCUACCACCCUAUUUCUAGGGUGGUUCAAUACGCUGAAAUCUCUGGGGCUAGAACCCAUCCCCAAAAGUCUUGAGUGGCUCCAGCCCAUCUGUGUAUCCACCCUGGCUCUGUGGCCCACCCCACUCCAGAUGCCAGGGUCACUGUGGUUGGGGGCUGUUAGAAGGAGCUGGAGCCAGUAUGCGAAGCAGCUGUAAUGGUCUGAGCGGAUUUAUUGACAGUGAAUAAAGGGCACAAAGCCCAAGCCAGGGCCUGGACCUCUUGUGCCAAGAGGGCAGGGGGCCUAAGGUGCUAUUGCUUUAGAGGCCCGCCAAGGGCAGGGGCCUGCUCCCAGCUGUCACGCUCUAGCAUAUGGAGCGAGAUGAUAGGGAAGGCAGGUUAGGCAGCCUGUUGGCAGGCAGGGGAGGGGGAUGAGACAGAGAUGGGGGCUGGGGGGUACUUCUCCUGAGAUCCCCCAGCCUGAGACCAUGCAACUCCAGGUGGAAGUAGGGCUGGUCCCUCAGCAGGAGGGCAGUGCUGUCCAGUGGAAAGGAGAGGCUUCAAGCCCACCCAUUCCCUGGCCCUGCCAGCUGGUAGUCAAUCAGUCAGCACAAAGAAGAAUGAGGCUUGGAAGAGAGGAAGGGUAACAGUAUUGCCUUCUAUUCAAGCUGUGCCUCAGCUUUCCCCCAGGGCUGCAGAACCUUCCCCAUCCCCAUUACCCACCACCAAACCAAGGACUUUGUAGUAAAGGUUAAGCCUACAAUUUAUGCCGGGAAUUCAGGAAGCUGGUGGGCUUAGGUAGUGUUAUCUAGGGUGGGAUGAUGGGAUUAUCUGGGUUGGGCCUCAGGCCGACUCACCUCACACACCUCCUGUUCCUCGUGGGGAGGAUACCUGAGAGAGAGGAGGGUAAGCGAUGGGAGAACAGGAGGUGGGUUGUUAUCAGUGCCCCCAGAGUUGAACCCAUCACAGCCCAUCAUCUUCAUACCUGGUGGUCAGAGGUGUCCAAUUUGCUUGGCUGUCCAUUUGCCUCCUGACUGGUGGGCCCUGGGCUUGGGUCUUUCCCUCUGGCCCCCAGUGUUGGCUCUGAAGAGGCUCCAGGGUUCCCCUCAAGUGUACGAGGGACUAGGCUGCUGUCCCUGAGUCCUCCAUUCUGUACUGGUGGGGUGGCAAGGGCCUGGGGCCUCUCAGGGGGCAGGUUCUCAAUGACAGGUGUCCCUGCCCCGGGCUGCCCUCCCCCAGACCCUUGACCACCUCCUGGGUCCUGCCCCCCACAAGAACCCCAGCUCCUGUCUGUGGGGGAGCCAUCGCGAUGCUCAUGCAGCCCAUAGCGCUUCUCAAUGUGUGUCACCCGGAACCUGGGAGAGGAAUGAACAGUGGGGCUUAGGAAUACAUCUCAGAGGCUGCUUGGCCCUUCCCUCUAGCCAGGGACAUCCUGGAGUUGAUGGGCACUUCCCUCUGACCUAGGGCAGGAGACACAUCCUCAGUUUGUGAGGCACAUUGUGAGGCCUGACUCCUGCACUGGGGCUCAUCUUUGAAAUCAGAGGCCUGAUCUUUGGGGCUCCCACCUCAACCUCCCUUUUCCCUGGGGCACUUUAUCCCCACCUGCCCACAGAAAACACGGUGGUCUCCCCAGGCCGGGGACGGCUCUUUCCUUCCUUGGAACGUCCCUGACGGACAAGUGGGGGCCUCUUGUUGCGGCUGCAGUGGAUGCAAGGGGCUGCAGAGCCCAGGUGCACUGUGUGAUGAUGCGAGGGGGCUCCGUCCUGGAGGCUGGAGGUGGCAUCCACGCUGGACAGUAGGGAGGAGGGGAGCAGGGGUGACAUGGCCAUUUUCCUUCUUGUUCCAUUUGCUUCUUUCAGAGAUGCCCCACUUUCCCCAGGCCACAACAUUCUUUCUCUUGUCUUUAAUAAACUCAGUAUUAAGAUGUUAGUGACCAUAUGUUUUCCCUCCCGGGCUAUUUGGUAAAGAGGGUAAUAUUUAACCCAGAGGUGUGUGGACUAAACAUGGUGAU